AAAGAAAUCAUGAUGUGGUCAUGAUUUGUGAAGUAUUGUCCUUAAACUUAUCCCUAUGAUAAAGACGCAGUUGACAAUGAUCUUAAACUGUGUAAUCGCGGAUAAUUUAUACUUUGAUCAUAACUUUAUCAGCGAUGUUACACUAUGAUCUUUUGCAAAAUUUGGGAAGGUCGUCCAAACAAAGUUACUAGUUAAAUGAUUACUUCAAAAUUCCGAUGUACUCUAUCUUAAACCGGUAAGGAUGAGACUUUCUGUGCUUGCUGGAGCGCUAAGCUUGUUUGUACUGGUCAGCUGGGGAACCAUACCAACAGUUCAAUCACAGUCUCUAGAUGGAAUAGUAGCUGCAAUAAAUCAGAUGAAUACAACAGCUAAGAUAGCUUUGAUGGCAGACUUUUUAAUUCGCACUCCUGUACUUUACAAUAAACUUGAGAAAAUCUUGUUAGGUGCAUUACCAUUGGUAUCCGUUGUUAAGAUCAGACCAGAAAUCAAUCGUUUCCUGCUGCCGUGGGUUUUAGACAAAAUACCAGAAGUCCUCAAAAGUGAACUGCUUUUGAAUGUCACCCGUGUAGUUGUGAAUGAAGUAAACCAUGUCAAUAUCACUGGUCUAAAUACAAGUGGAAUAGACCCUUUCAUGGCGGGGUUUAUAUCACGAUUUGACCUGGUACAUACGGGAAUGUUGUCGUUGGAUGUCGUGCUGGAUUCCUUACUUCCUAGUUUUGGUAUAGGUCAACAGAUCAAAGAAUUUGUAACAAUUUUCGGUGAAAAGAUUUCUCAUGUCAUUAUUAAACAAAUACAGUCUGAACAGUUCAAUCACAGCUCAACAGUUCAAUCACUCAAUCACUCAACAGCUCAAUCAGUUUCAAUAGAAACUAUUAUACGUCAGAUGAAUAUCACACAGAAGAUAGGUUUAAUGGCAGAUAUUUUAAUUCAACAGCCUGAACUAUUCAAUAAACUUGAGAAAAUAUUGUUAGGUGCAUUACCAUUGAUAUCCGUUGUUAAGAUCAGACCAGAAAUCAAUCGUUUCCUGCUGCCAUGGGUUUUAGACAAAAUACCAGAAGUCCUCAAGAGUGAACUGCUAUUGAAUGUCACCCGGGUAGUUGUGAAUGAAGUAAACCAUGUCAAUAUCACUGGUCUGAAUACAAGUGGAAUAGACCCUUUCAUGGCGGGAUUUAUAUCACGAUUUGACCUGCUACAUACAGGAAUGUUGUCAUUGGAUGUAGUGCUGGAUUCCUUACUUCCCAGUUUUGGUAUAGGUCAACAGAUCAAAGAAUUUGUAAAAAGCAACGGUGAAAAGAUUUCACGUGUAAUUAUAAAACAGAUACAGUCUGACAUAAGGUCUCAAUUGCAAGUAACAGCAAACAGUACAUCGGACACAAAAAUGAGUCAAUCCAGUCUACUACAGCUUGGUGUGGGUAUCCUACAAACUAUUCUUACGCCUAUGGAAAAUGUUUUUCCAAAACCUCAAAGAUCAACUCUUACAGACCAGUGUUACAGUGACUCUAUGAUAUUCUUGAACAACCUUCUUCGAGGAAAAAAAUGGGCUGUUCAAAUGUUCGAUUCUGCUGGCAAACCCCCUACUGGAACACUCACUGGUAAUCUUCAUUUUAUUGGCUCCUAUGAUCAGUGCCUGUCCAUCACGCCACAGAGUAGCAGUGACGGUGGACAACUGACCACCACUGACACCAGAUACUGCAGGGCGACCUUCGAUAUUCCAGACAGUCUAAUGGCAUCCGUCACAUCUUUGAUAGGAGAUGUGAACACGUAUGGCGUUCCCAUUACACUGACAGAGGGGUUGUGUCUACCAGCUUCUUGUCAGGAAGGAGACGUAAAAGAAUUAUUUAAAUUAGGCCUCCUAAAAAGCUUUAACUUAGCACCAUCUGUGGAAUGUUCCAACUCGUAUUCACUGGAAAAAGACAGAGAUGCUAUCAUUGUUAUAAUUAUCCUCUGCGUGGUUGCAUUCGUUUGCAUAAUGGCGACUUUAUUUCACAUCUAUCGGUUCUCGGAAGACGACGAGGAGUUAAGAGUAUUUUCUCCCUCACUGCCUGAAGCUUAUGACAACAGAGGAUAUGAAUCAGAAAUGAAAGAAACUCAAUUUUCAACCGAAAAGAGGAAUGGACACACAACGGGAAAUGGACAUUUGCACUCUGAAGACGUUGAUAUCGAGUCUUUGGACAAAUCAUCCACUGAAAAAUAUGAAGGCGCUAAGGAAGGUGUCACAAAGAGCUUUUCGUUGUACCAAAACUUACCCGAUGUUUUGUCGUUUGAUCAUCCAAAAGAUUCCAUCCAAUGUCUUCACGGUAUACGAUUUCUGAGUCUCGCAUGGCUUGUUUUAGGGGACACAUUUCUGUAUGCAGCUCUGUCCCUAAAUAAAUCACCAGUUACAGGUAACUUGUUGGAAGGAUUGAAUAUGCUAAAGCAGUUCACUUUUCAAGCUGUUUUCUCCUCACCCUUUGCCAUCGAUUCUUUCUUCGUCAUCAGUGGAUUUUUAGUGACUUAUCGAUUCCUUCGAAAAUGCACACGAAAACAAAAACUGAAAUGGCAGUCAAUCGUUGGAUUCUAUUCUAACAGAUAUAUAAGAAUAACCCCUGUUUAUAUAAUCAUUAUGAUGGUAUACACGUGUUUCUAUCAUUACCUUGGGGACAGUCCCUUGUAUCCGCAGUCCAUUGCUGUUGCGGACAAGUGUAAGGAAAACUGGUGGCAUCAUAUACUAUACAUAAACAAUAUCGUAGGAACGACAGGGAAUACAGCUUUUGAACAGUGCAUGCCCUGGUCUUGGUUUCUAGCAUGCUUAAUGCAGUUCUACCUUAUAACACCAAUACUCAUUGUAUUUUAUUUAUGGUCCUCAGUUCUUGGGUCGGUUAUAGUUGGGCUCCUUUUGGCAGCAAGCGUUGUUGCGACAGCGAUCAAAGAGAAAAUGUACACUGGAGACAUCAUGUCGACGAUGUCUGAUGGUGGAGACUAUUGGAACAAUGUCUUUAUCACCCCGUGGUGCCGAGUGGGUGUCUACUGCAUCGGUAUUCUUUUGGGAUUCGUAUUUGAUACUUACGAUUCUAGAGAAAAAGUCAAAAUGAACAAGGUUGUCAAUCUUUUUGGAUGGCUAUUUUCUUUGGGUUUAAUGAUAACCCUGGCCUACUCACCCUUCACAAAGCACCGCGAGGGUGGCUAUUCCUGGACCCCCCUCCAGUCGGAGGUGUAUGAAGCUGUAUCCCACGUUGUCUGGGCAUUGGCUCUCUCUUGGGUGAUUUUUGCAUGUGCUAAAGAUCAUGGUGGAAUUGUGAACUGGAUUCUGUCAUGGCGAGGGUUUCUUCCCCUGUCCAGGUUAUCAUAUGUUGUCUAUCUCAUUCACCCAGUCGUCAUGGUGGCCUUUGUCUAUAAUAAGAAGGUUUUAAUUUACAUGAACAACCUAGAAAUGGCAUACAUGUUCCUUGGCCAUCUAAUUUCGUCGUUUGCCGUCGGUACUUUGUUCUCAGUGGGGAUUGAGUUACCGUUCAUACGCCUGCUCAAGCUUCUCAAGCGAAGAGGAUGCUCCUCUAACUGCUAGACUCGUCCAUUGAGUGACUUAGUUUAGAGAUUCAUGUGAUGAUAGAAGUAUUAAGUAUUAAUACUCAACAUGCUAUUCUCAGUAUCGUCAUCUUUUGUUAUAUUGCAAUUUUAUCUUUAAAAAAUAUAUUGCUCUUACCAUGCUUAUCCUGAAAUUGAUUAUCAUGUUGCAAAGAAUGUGCGAUUGUUUUUUCUACGUUUUUUAAAGUUGUAAUCUUGCUUAAUAAAGUGUGAAAAAUGACA